CUCAGCCCCAAAACUCACUCUUUAUAAAAUGCCUUAAACCUCUCCCACCCUCUCUUAGCCACAUUCCAGCUCUCUCUCUCUCUCUGUCUCUAUAUCUCACUGACACGAACACAAAACCCUCGCUCUCGAUCUGGUGGUAGUUUGGAGCUUCCGUGAACACUAUGGCGGAGGAAGAGAUUGUAGCGGUUGAGGUGAUUCCCGCUGCGCCGUCGGAUAACAAGCGCAAACUUGAGGAUUUGGAGCCCGAAGCCCCAGAGCCUGAUAAGCCGAGCACGGACCAGCUAGCCGAUCUAAAUGCCGACCCCAAUGACGAUGCACCGGCCGAGGAUGCUGACGAGGCAGUUUCUUCCGGUGGGCCUGAGGUGAAGCGGGCCCGCCUCGAUGACAAGCCCGACGACUCAGCUAAUGAAAAUGGGUACCAAGAGAAGAAAGAGAAUGACAAUGGACCUGUUGGGGAGAACAACGAGCAACCUGAGGUGGAGACUUUACAGUCAGAGGAUGCUCAACCUUCAGUUGAGGAAGUUCCACCAACAGGGACCGAUGGCGAUGAAGGACCCUCUGUGGAAAACCCUGAGACAGGUGACACUCAACCAUCUGUUGAGGAUUCUGUGCCUGAAAAUGAUCAGGAACCACCAAAAGAGGAAAGUCAGCAACCCUCUACAGAGGUUUCUCAGCAAGAAAAUGUUUCUCAGACUAUGACACGCAAAAUUGAUGUUCCCAAUAAUAAGGUUGGAGUUCUUAUUGGCAAGGCCGGGGAUACUAUUCGUUACUUGCAGUACAAUUCAGGGGCGAAAAUUCAAAUCACAAGGGAUGCUGAUGCAGAUCCAUAUGCUGCAACGAGGCUUGUGGAAAUAAUAGGAAGCUUGGAUAAUAUAACUCAGGCUGAGAAGCUUAUAAGUGCUGUCAUUGCUGAGGCUGAUGCGGGGGGUUCCCCUUCCCUUAUAGCCAGGGGUCUCACUACUGCACAGGCUGCUGCAGCUUCUGAACAAAUCCAGAUACAAGUUCCAAAUGAGAAGGUUGGUUUAAUAAUAGGCAAAGGUGGGGAGACAAUUAAAGGUUUGCAGACCAGAACAGGAGCACGCAUCCAGGUAUUGAUACCUCAACAUCUUCCAGAAGGAGAUGAAUCUAAAGAAAGGACUGUCCGAGUGACUGGUGACAAGAAGCAAAUUGAGAUGGCUAAGGAGUUGAUCAAGGAAGUUAUGAAUCAGCCUGUGAGGCCUUCAUCUUUCUCUGGUGGUUUUAACCAGCAGGCUUAUCGGCCCCGUGGAUCUACUGGUCCACCUCAGUGGGGUCCUCGUCCUACACCAUAUGAUUAUCAGCAUCGGGGAUCAUAUCCAUCUCAUAAUUCACAUUAUCCACCUCCAGCAUAUGGGAGUUAUCCUCAACAAAUGGCUCCAAGAAGCAGCUAUGGUGCUGGUUGGGAGCAAAGGCCUCCAAGCAUGCAUGGUCCACCCCAACAUGCUGGUGGUUAUGAUUACUAUGGUGGACAAGGAGGCCAUUUUUCUGAUAACCCAGCAUCUGCCCAACAUUCUACUCCCAUUCCUUCACAUGCUACUGGCCCUUCCCCUGCCGCUGCUAUGGGCUCAGUCCAAUCACAGGUGAAUUACAAUUAUGGACAGCCACAGGGUUCAGAUUAUGGACAUUCGGCUGCUUUUUCUCAGGCAGCACCUCAGCAGAGCUAUGGACAUGGAUAUGAUGAACAGAAAUAUGAAAGUCAUGGUCCUGCACAGCAUCCCUAUGGAGGACAUGGAAGUUCUCAGCAGGUUUACCAACAAGUAGGCACUCAACCAGGCUAUGCUGCACAACAGCAGUAUGGUAAGCCACAAUCAUAUGGCAUGCCUUCACAGGGUCUGCCACAAUCUUAUGGCCAUCCCAGGGCUACUCAACCAGGGGACAUGCCUUAUCAAGGUUCUGCACCUGCCCAAUCAUACGGCCCGAAUGCACCACCUCAACAGCCUUACCAGUAUCCAUCUGGUGCUCAGAUGCAGCAACCAUAUGCUCCGUAUGGUUCUGCCCCAGCUGCUGACGGGUAUAGUCAACCACCACCUGCAUCUGGCCCCGCUUAUCCACAGCAAGGAGCGCAGCCAGGUUACACUCAGCCUGGUGCACAGCAGGUACCGGGCUAUGCACAAGUGGGUCCUGCUGGGGGUUACGGGCCUUAUGCAACUUCGCAACAAGGUUACGCCGAGCAGUCAGCUGCUAACAAUGCAGCUUAUUACCAAGGGUCUCAAGAUCCUGCUUACAGUGGUGGUCCUGCAGCAGCAGCCUAUAGUGCACCACCAAGUGGGCAGCCAGGAUACGCUCAACCAGCACCAACUCAACAAAGUUACGAUCAAUCUGUCCCACAACCAGGUGGCUAUGGAGGUGUGCCAGCAACUGCUCCGGCAGCUUAUGGGAAAACUUUGUCGCCUCAGCCCGGUUAUCCUCAGUAUGACUCUACCCAAAUGUAUGGAGCACCUCGUUGAAAAUUUUAAUGCAGUGCUGCAUUGAGUUUGGAUGGUGAUCAUUGUAUUAGGUAUCUGAGUAUUUGCUAGUUUGUUUAGGUCUCUGACUGAUAAUGGAACUUCCGACUUUACUUUUUGCUAGAAUGUAGUAUUUAAUGUUUUGAAUUAUGAAAAGCUCGCUACUUGGCUUU